AUGAAUUGGCUUAAAGACGGUUAUUGUGAUCAGCCGUGCAAUAAGUCUCAAUGUCUAUGGGAUGGCGGCGAUUGUCACCCAAACAAGACUGACCGAAGUUAUCUCUCACGAGAAGGUCCGGUGGCCUAUACUGACAGUUCAUUGCAUAUCAAAUACUCGUCGGCCUAUUGUAGUGCCAAUUGUGUGGACAGUUGGCUGAGCGACCGUUUCUGCGAUCAGGUGUGCAAUAAUAUCAACUGUGCCUUUGAUUUGGGCGACUGCGGGACCGAUAACUUUGAUUCACUCCAACGCCUGGACUUUAAGCUAAACAAAGACAUCUAUCUCUUUGACUCCAACACAACCGCUAUUUAUUUUAAUUUAACGCAUUUCGUCGCUUCAAACGCCAAAAAUAGAGCAAACUUUCAGAUUAACGAAAUUAGUUAUGAAAAUAAUAGUUACAUCCGUUCGGCGGCACUCAAUAUGAAUCACAAAACUCUUAUAUUUCUGUUCGCCGCUAAUCAGGAGAAACAGAAUCUAAACAUAACUCUUAAAGGAUUGAAAAAUAACUCCGAGUUUGUCAUUAAAUUUCAAGCUCUUGUUAGCAAUGAUUUGAAAUCCAAUACCAGUUAUGCCGUAAUGGAUGACAAUAUUAAUGAAGAAUUGGUUCAUAAAGAGAACGGUUUAACAGAAUCUUAUUUAUUAUACGAAAACGAAACGAACAAAAGUGAAGAGAAGAAUGUGUCGACUAUUGUAUUCACAUUCAAGAAUCGAUACGAAGAAUAUCCAAAGAUAUUGCCUCUAAAUAACACACAAUUCAACACAACAUUUGAAUGCGAGUUCAAUGUGAGUGAAUUGCCCGAUGAAAUCAAACAACAAUUUUAUGAUUUAGACAUUAAAUAUAAAGAGGGAAUUCUCACACAAAAAGGAUUCAACAAUUUUCGACUCAAAUUAAUGCAUUUAUAUGUCAAACAAUUGUGUGACUUUAGGCAUACAAUUAAGACAUACGACAAGACAAUUAGCGCUUUUGAUUGGGAAAGACAGUCGAUAUUCGCGGACAUCGAGGGAUCAAUUGAGGCGAAAGAAGAGCGUAAACGACAUCAUAGAGUGAUUCGCAGGCAUUUAAUGGAUUCAUAUGCCGACUCUUUAAGACAUGUCAAUCACUUGUAUAAUAAAGUGUUUGGCAUUGAGAUGCGUAAAGUGCCGGCACAUAUGGCCCACUUCAUCGACGUUGAUAUCAUGUCUAGACUUCAGCACACAUUCGCCGAUCAUUACGAUAGGACUUCGUCGCAUCGGAUCCGUAGCUCCGAUGACAUGCAGUUCGCCUUUGCAUACAAUUACUAUCUGAUGAGUGAACUCAACUCAACUGUUAAUACAUCGCAACUCUUUGACGACUUCGAUGUGGACGGCUCCGGGAGUUGGUCUGUGAGUGAAGUCCGAACAUCAAUAGAGUUUUCAAAGUGUUCAGUACUCGAGUGCCAGAAUGUGACGAAUAAAUUAACACAAAUAUAUAAAAACCAAAAGCGAAACAAAUACGAGAUCGUAGGCGAAGAAGAGGUGAUCUUCAAAAUGAUAAGAACUAACGCAACAAUUGUUGGCCAAGAUUUGGAUCAACUGAGCAAACGGUUAAAGAAGUUUAUGUGUUUGAAUGAUAACAUCGAACACCGAAAGGCAGAUAGAGAUGUAAUACAAGUCAAACAAAUGUUGGUUGAGUUUUACGAAUCAAUAUUUCCGAUGCGAUCGCAAUUCGAGUUACCAUUCGGUCAAACGAAUCGAUUUGAAAGCAUUCAAGAAUACAGGCUUUGGAAAGACAAACAUAAAUCACAAUUCACUCAACAAAUGCUCAUUUGGAUUAUUUUUGCAAUUGUUAUAUUUCAAGUCACCCAACAGUUAUAUUCAAUUCGAAGGGUCUGUUAUCAUCACUUUCUUAAGCCUCAACUGUUGAAGAAGUGGAAAAUUNAGAUGAGAUUAGGAGUCGACGUUGAAUGUAAUGAGAAUUGUGUGGAGACGCCGAUUGUGCUCAUGAGUCCAGUGGUGUAUAAUCCGCACCAUUUCUUUGAUAACGUGACCAAAUUUGAAAUUCUCGAGAACUUCGGGACUUUUAUUUAUUUUCCAUCCCUUUCUAAAGGUAUACCACAACAGACACAUACAUACAGUACUAUCCGUACGGUUAAUAUUCCUAAUUGGCUUAACUUAGAGAAUCCUAGAGUUAGUGUCGUUACUCAUGAGGAAAUAUUCACUAAUAGAAGUCAUUUGCCGUCAUUUAGUUCGCCGGCAAUUGAAUCCCAUUUACACCAAAUCCCAGGUCUGUCCAAAAGGUUUCUAUAUCUAAACGAUGACAUACUAUUGGGUCGUCCCAUAUAUCCCGAAGAUUUUUACACAAAUAGCAGAGGGUAUAAAGUGUACCUCUCGUGGCCGGUGCCGAACUGCGCCGACGGGUGUCCUAUGAAUUGGCUUAAAGACGGUUAUUGUGAUCAGCCGUGCAAUAAGUCUCAAUGUCUAUGGGAUGGCGGCGAUUGUCACCCAAACAAGACUGACCGAAGUUACCCCUCACGAGAAGGUCCGGUGGCCUAUACUGACAGUUCAUUGCAUAUCAAAUACUCGUCGGCCUAUUGUAGUGCCAAUUGUGUGGACAGUUGGCUGAGCGACCGUUUCUGCGAUCAG